AUGUCGCUCAACCUUGCUGAGGCCGCUGAUGAGCGCAGCCAGAAGGAGAUGGAAAAAUAUUUAGUGGAGCGCGUGGCUGGUCAGGGAACGUUUGGGACUGUGCAGCUUGCCCGUGAAAAGGCCACUGGGAUGGAUGUAGCAAUUAAAAAGGUCAUUCAAGAUCCGCGAUUCAAAAACCGUGAGUUGCAUAUUAUGCAGGACUUGGCACGCCUGUGUCACCCCAACGUUGUUUUCCUAAAAAAUUAUUUCUAUACGGUUGUAGGUGAUCACCGACGCAAUGACGUGUACCUCAAUGUUGUUAUGGAGUUUCUCCCGGACACGCUGCACCGUGUAUGCCGUUCGUACUAUCGGCGUCAUGUGAGUCCUCCCAUGAUAUUGGUGAAGGUUUUCAUGUAUCAACUACUGCGGGGGAUUGCCUUCCUUCACCUGCCUGCUGUAAAUGUCUGCCACCGUGACAUUAAACCGCACAACGUUCUUGUUGACGAGUCUACGGGUGAACUGAAAUUGUGUGACUUUGGGAGCGCAAAGAAGUUAUCGCCAGCGGAGCCAAAUGUUGCGUACAUUUGCUCCCGCUACUACCGUGCCCCGGAGCUUAUCUUUGGCAAUCAGUACUAUACCACAGCGGUGGAUGUCUGGUCGGUCGGUUGUAUCUUUGCGGAGAUGCUGCUGGGUGAGCCGAUAUUUUGUGGCGAGAAUACUUCCGGGCAGCUGCGGGAAAUUGUGCGCAUUCUUGGACGACCCUCGCGAGAGGAAUUAAAUAAGCUAAACACCAGCAACGCGGAUCUAAGCGUGCCAACGAGCAGACCGACGCCUUGGGUGGACGUUUUUAAGCGCCCGCUUCCCUCCGAGGUGUACGAUUUGUGCGCAAAAAUAUUUAAGUAUCUCCCAGAGCAACGCAUAUCUCCCUUGGAGGCGCUUUGCCACCCGUUUUUUGAUGAACUUCGCGACAUGACGGUGAACCUGCCGAGCGGUAAACCUCUGCCUUCACACUUGUACAAUUUUUUGCGGGAGGAAAUCAAUGAGAUGACGGAAACCCAACGUUCCAAACUGGUUCGUAAGUGA